AUGGUGAAUCAUAUUUCUGCUGGUGUCCACGAGCAGCAGCUCAACGCACCAUGUGACUUCCCCCUGAAGCCCCCAAACAUAUGCCAUCCAGGAGUCUCUGUCACCUCUGUCUCUACUGCCAGUGGGAGCGCACUUUCGCUGCAGUCUCUCGGUGGUUCCUUUGCCAUCCCCGGCUCAGCAGACACCGCAGGGUGCACCACCCCAGCUAGCUGUAGCUACCCCAGUAACGCUAGCGGCAGUGCCCGCUCCGCAGAUGGCUCUAUCACUGCAGCUAAGUCGAAUUGGGGCAGCAGCAGCGCUCACACCGUUCUCAAGCACCAGUACAUCGCGGUGCUGCCCACCGGGACCCCCUCCAGCUCUCUAGGGAUCCCGCAAGCUGCUGUGGCCACCACAGACUGCUCACCGGCUUGGGCACAGUACCAGACGAGCUGCACUGCUGGAUCAUGCACUCCUCUCUACUGCAGCCUUACCCCUACGCCCACUGCCCUCUGCCAUGGCGGCACUCCCCUGGAAGAGGGACAGCUGCGCGGGGAAUCCUCUGGGUCCAGUUGUCAGGAGACCCCGAAAAAAGAGCAACAAGAAGAGGCAGCGGAAGCUGCUACAGGUACUGCUGCCGUUGCAGGAGGAAGGGCUCAUCGCUCUUCUCUGUUGUUGCAAGAGCGACCUUUGCAGGUUGCUUCGUUGCCUGAGGAGGUGCAGCAGGCCUUGAAGGAGAGCCACGACCUAGCCGCAGAAGCCGCUGCAGCAGAACAGCAACCCCACCUUGCCCUCCCUGACUGGUUCGACCCCCUCGCCGGCUGCAUCCGCCGUGAGUGUCUGCCCGAGCUGCCCUCUUAUCGUCAGACCCUCAACACUUCAGUGGCGCGAUUGUCGGUCGCUUCACGGGUGCAUCAUCGCGUUCGAUGGCCAGGAGAGCCUGCGAAAAUAACAGCUGCAGUCUCGUCAGCAGCAGCAGCAGCAGGGGGACCAGCGGGGCUGGGGGCGAGGAGGGUUCCACCACUAAAUCCAGGGCUUCUGCGGCGAAAAUCCGACUCAGCUGCUCUGUUGUCAUAUUCACACUCUUCAAUUGGGAGCGCCGAAGGAACUGCAGACACUCCAGUAGCAGCAGCAGCUGCUGCUGCUGCUGGGGUUGGGGCAGGCGUCGCGGCGCGACACAGGCGGGUGCGGUUUGCUACAGUGGCUUCCGCAAGGGAAUUCAGGGACUCAACACCUUCACCAGCAGUAACAGCAGAAGCUGUUGCUUCUGGCUGUGGAGCUUUCUAUAAUACAGGUCUUUAUCACGUACAUACGUCACUGCAGCAGCAGCAGGCGGAUACAUCAGCAGCAACAGCUGAAGCAGAUAUGACCCCCAAGGAGCUGCUACAAAAAACAGCCGAGUGCCGAAGUGUCCUUGUGUUGAAGUUAAUGAAGCAAAUGAUAGAGCAAUUAGUCAAUCUUUCUUCGCCUCAAUGCAGUGAAGACGCUAAAGUUCUGCAAGAGAGCCUGCAACUGCUGCGUUCCUUCUCGUUGGAGUGUUCUGGCCGCCUUCCUGCGCUAUGUUUCCUGGGGGAUGCCUUGACUAACUGCGGCAAAUUGAUUGAGGAAAAACUGCAAACGAAUGAAGAGCAACAGCUAAUUCAGCUUGUCGACAAGACCAAGCAGCCCUUGCUGUCGAGAGAUGCCGUCAUGAGGCUCCACAGAAUGAGAAUGCAAAUGAGGCAUACUCCAGAGCUCGAGCUGUUCCUCACGCCACUUGAAACCCUGCAGGUACGCCCUUGA